ACAAAAAGCAAAACAUUUUGAUUUCUCAAUUUUACAAAAAUAAUUUUAUUUUUUUUUCUUAAAUAUAAUUAAUAUAUUUGUUAUAAACUAUAUACAGGUAAAUGGUAUCACCGCGUAAAGCCUCAUCUGCUUUAAGUCUUAUACCCGAAGAAGAAGGAAUAAUGAAUACUACGGCUGCCAAAAGUUGUGAAAGUUUGUAUUCGAAUAGUUCAAAAGGAUCGGCCAAUAUAAUAUACAGACGUAAACCAGCAGCUAAUGCCAACAAUAAAAGUGGAACAAGACAACCUGCUAUUAUACCAGCCACUAAUGAAGUGAGACAAAGAGUUUUAUCUGCACGACGUCUAAGAAUGAAAACCUAUCAGAAUCAAUUGGCUGAUGCCCAACAAACUAUAGCUGAAUUGGCCCAUGAAAAUCGUAUUUUGCGUACCUUACAUAAACGCCAGGAUUCUGCUUUAUCCAAAUAUGAAUCUACUAAUGCUGAGCUUCCUCAAUUAUUACAUUCACAUGCAGAAGAAUUGCGAGUAUGGCAAACAAAAUAUCGCAAUCUUCAAGCUGUUAAUAAGGAACUUGAACACAAGCUUAAACAAAAGGAAGCUGUGAUACUUUCUCUAAGUGAUCAGAAUAAAUACUAUAUACAAUUAAAUAAGGACAAGAAUCUAGAAGAUCGUCAACGUUUAAGUGAAAAAUUACAAAUGUUGGAAACUCGUUUACAAGAGAAAGAUAACGAUAUGAAAAUGAUGGCUCGCAAAAUGCAGUUGGAAGCCAAACAAGCAAAACAACAGUUACAAACGGAACAAAAGAAAAAUAAAGACAUCUUAAUGAAAUUAGAAAAGGCACGUUUGGAGUUGUCUGGCUAUCGCAAACUAGAGGAAUUACAGCUACAAGAGAAAUUCAACCUUAACUUAAGACGCAAUAAAGGCGGCAAUUAUGAAAGCUUAAAAGAUGAAAAAGAAAUUGAUAAGUAUUCAUUUGCAAAUAUCACUGAUGCAGAAAUUGCCGAUGAAAUAGAAAUACCAAACAGUCAAAGAUCAACGCACAGCACUAAUAAUAUGGUUCAACGUACUACUCGAUCAAUUAAGAAUACAACAACUAAAAAUCAUUUGACAGUCUCUUCCACUUCAACCACUGUGAUACAGCACAUUUCAAAACAACAAACACCAGCCAACAAAUCAGUUGCUGUUUUAAGACGUAUUGAUCAAGGUGAUGGAGAUGCUUCCACUAUACACGAUGUUUAUAAAACUCCAAAUUCUUUUAAUUCAUCACUUGUGCAGAAACAACAUUCGAACUUGUCAUCUAUGAGACAAAAUCAAUCUGAAAAGCUUGAUAGUCAUGAUGAUGAAGAAGACAAUGAUGAUUAUGAAAAUGAUGAUGAUACUGAAGACGAUGAGCAUGAAGAACAAAUAGAAGAAUCUGAAGAAAUUGUGGGGGAUAAUGAUGUCAGUGUAGAUGGGACAGAAAAUGGGAGAGAUAUCGAUGAUUAUUAUGAAGAAACUCAAAAAGUUGAAUUAUCUACUGUUGGCAAAAAACCAAACAUGAAAGAGGAAAUAUCUAGUAUAAGAAAACAAAUAUCCGACGAUUACAAGGAAAGAGAAGCAUUUUUGGAUACAUUCUGUCGUCAAGCGACCAAUGGAGUUUUGCGUGAUGAAACCCCUAAAAAGAGAAAUAGCAUUGCUACGGAACACAAUGUGCCCAGUAAUCGUAAACAUAAACUUUUGGCAGCUCUUAAAGCCAUUGAUGAUAAUAAGAGUCAGGAUUAAAAUAAUGUUUAGUAUUCAUUCUCUAUUUUCUUAUACAAAAAAAUAUAAAACAAAUUAAUUUUA